UGGUUUUUAGAGGGUUUUGGCGAUCAGAAGAGAGAGAGAGAAGGAGAGAUGGGUAGCGUUUAAAACAACGUUUUCUGGAGUUAGAAUUUGGGAUAGAAAAUAAGAGAGUGGGAGAGAAGAAUGAAGAGAGUUUGUGUUUUUGGGAAGGGGAGAGAAUUGUGAUUUGUUUCUUCUCCGAUCUCACAUUUGCGUGAACAUCCUGUGAACUUGGCUGGAGUGGAAAAGAUUUGUACUUCUAGCGAGAAAUCGUCCGUAGGAGGGUAUUAUCACCAGGUUUGGUUGGUUGAAGCGUUUGGAACAGUGCUUAGUUAUUGGAUCUCGGAUCUAGAAACAGCUGUAUCUAUGUCUGAUGUCUCCAGGGGGUAAUCUAUGAGAUAUGGUGAUGCAGAAGAGGUUGGAUUAUGGAUUCAAUGGCUACCAGGUUCCUUUUAUGCCUCGAGCUGCCAGAUCAGCCAGGAAAAGGGGCUCAUUUGGAAGUAGAGUUGAAGACAAGAAAAUGUGUGCAUUUGAUUUACUGGCUAGUGUAGCUGGGAAGUUAUUAGAAGAAACUACUCCUACUUCUGGUAAUACAUUAACAGACAAAGACCAAUUUGCAGCAGUUAAUAAUAGUGUAAAAGAAGAAUGUCCCGAUGAUAGAAUACCUUUUAAAGAAGUAACUUGUUAUGAAAGAAGCUGCGACAAGAGCUUCUUUGUUUCUGAGAUUCUCUCGUUAGGUAACGAGGAUCUGCAUAUGCUCAAUGAAACAACUUUAGGAGUUGCUUCAGUAACUAGUGUUGAUUGCUCAGAGAGGUUUGAUGCUGAGAAAUUGGGGGAAUGCAGAAGCAAGAAUUCUCUGGGAAGUAUUGCUAACAAAGUAGACGUGGGCUCUGAUUACAGGAAGCCUGACAAAUGUAAACUAGAGUCUGAAACUAAACAGGUAGUAAAUGGUAGUGGGAUUGAUAUGUGCAGUUUGGAUAAUGAAAUGGCGAGGGAUGGAAAACCUGCACUGGCAAGUUCAGAUAGUAGUACCAAGGUGCCUUUGUGUGGGGAACAAAUUCCUCAUAGUUCCCUUCCCGCUAGUAGGGAUGAUGUAAAUUUAGUUAGUAAAGAUGAUGUCGAAAAAUCCUCUGGGUGCACUCACCCUUUUACCUCAAAAAAGUUCUGUAGGCCGACGCAACGUAUUGGAGACCGGAGAAUAAAGAAGAUACUGGCUUCUAGACAUUGGAAAGUGGCUCCAAAAUCUAAGGAUAUGACACAUUAUAAUGCUGACAAGGAUAUGAAGCCCUUUUUCCGUUAUAGGAAGGAAUUUUACAAACGCCAAAGAUCAGAGAGGAUUUAUCCUUUCAAGAAAAGGAAACAUUUUGAUUUCAGUUCAGCAUCAAAUUCAGAUGGAGGAAUUUUUCGCGAGUUCCUUUGUGAUUCUCCUGACCGGAGAAAUAAUGUUGAUGGUCCGGGUUCAUACCUAAAGAUGCAUGGAGAUCGAGCCACAGAGGCAUCAUCGACUGUAGCAGGUCAAAACACAUCAUUCCAAUCUAGGGAUUCUCACGUGAAACUAAGGAUCAGAUCAUUCAGGGUGCCAGAGCUUUUUAUUGAGAUUCCUGAAAGUGCAACUGUCGGUUCACUGAAGAGAAUGGUAAUGGAGGCAGUGACCGCUAUUCUUGGAGGUGGAUUACGCGUUGGUGUAAUUCUUCAGGGAAAGAAGGUUAGGGAUGACAACAAGACCCUGCUGCAGACAGGAAUUUCUCAAGAUGACCAUUUGGAUGCUUUGGGAUUUAGCCUGGAGCCACACUCUUCACAAAGUACCCCACCUUUGUGCACCGGAGAUACCCCUCUUCUGCUCCCGGGUGAUGUAUCCCAGCCUCUUACCAGGUAUCCUCGCAGUCCAGGUGUGAUUCAUAACAGCAUUCGUAGUCCUUCAACUGAUCCCCAUGUGGUCAAUACUGCCGGAAACCUCAUUGAAAGUGAUCAUGAUUCUGCACCAUCCCCAACUGACGUUUCAGUUGACAAGAGCACAACGGAUUGCAAAGCGUUGGUUCCUGUACCAGCCAGGGGUGUGGAGGCACUGGCUGUGGUUCCAGUACACCGGAAAUCCAAGCGUUCUGAGACAGUGCAGCGCCGAAUUCGUCGACCUUUCUCUGUUGCUGAAGUUGAAGCUCUCGUUCAAGCGGUUGAGAAGCUUGGAACUGGAAGAUGGCGUGAUGUCAAGCUACGAGCAUUUGACAAUGCAAAGCAUCGAACUUAUGUGGAUUUGAAGGACAAAUGGAAAACACUGGUGCACACGGCAGGAAUAUCCCCGCAGCAAAGGAGGGGAGAGCCUGUCCCCCAGGAACUCCUGGACCGAGUCCUCACCGCCCACGCUCACUGGUCUCAACAGCAAGCGAAGCAUCAACUCAAACAGCAGCAGCAGCAGCCGGAGACUUGCCUUCUCCUCUGAGGACGAUGAUCUCAAGAGCUUUUUCUGCGAUGUGACGAAGAAACUUCAAUUAGACUUCAGUGGGUUUUAGAGGUGGAUAAUAGGAUAUGUCUAAUUAUCAUUUUUUUUUACGUGCAUUAUAUUGUUCGCGGGAGGCUUGCGCACGGGGUUUGUUUACUUAAUUUUUUCUUUGAUAUUAUUUAUUGUUCAAUGAUUUAUGUAAAAAGUUAUAAGAAAUAGAAAUCUGAUAAGUCUCCCAUGUAAUUUUUUUUUUAUCUUGGCUCUUCCGUGUAAAUGAUUUGGUUGAAUAAGAGCUUUCUAACUGCAUUCCCUUUCGAGAAUCAA